AUGUCUUCGUCUCCCGGUACAAGAAAGCGGCCCGCGCCCGGCGCAUCGCCUCUGCCGGCUGGCCCGAUCCCACAGGCAACCUCCCAAUUUGCGCCUCAGGAGAUGAUGAGGUGGAAUGGUGUAGCUGCCAACGGAAACAGCCAUACAGACCUCUCGAGCCCGUACAUGCUAUCACAACCAACCGCCCCACCUGGCCAUGCCUUUCUAUCCCCAUCGCCCGCCCCGGCCACAUCGAAUGCUCUGGCACUCCGCGAUCCCAACACCAGCCGAGCCCUCAUUCCCACAGCGCCGCGCUCGCCGUACGACCCACAGUCCGACCAAUGGGGUACCUUGGGAGGCGACGGCGCCCUCAUCCCGCUGGCGAACGAGGCACUGAGCGAGGAGGAGCACCUGAGACUCCUUGUCGAGCGCGCAAGGAAGAUUGAGGAGGAGGCCACCAAGGAGAACCCUGGACCAAACCAAAAGAGGAGUAUUCCGCCGUUCGUGUUGAAGCUCUCCAGCUUCCUCAACAAUGGCAGGAACAGCGAUCUCAUCCGGUGGUCAGAAAAGGGUGAUUCGUUCAUCGUACUCGACGAGGAGGAGUUUGCGAAGAAGCUCAUCCCCGAGAUGUUCAAGCACAACAACUACGCCUCGUUUGUCCGUCAGCUGAACAUGUACGGGUUCCACAAACGGGUUGGGCUCUCCGACAACUCUAUGAGAGCAAGCGAGAAGAAGAACAAGAGCCCAAGCGAAUACGCGCACCCCUACUUCCUCCGCGCUCACCCCGUCUUGCAAUGGCUCAUUACGAAGCCGAACAAGACCGGCGGCAAGAAGAGGCAGAAGCAGGCCUCGAAGGAUUCUUCCGGCGUAAUUGAGCAGGACAGCGACGCCGAGGACUUCAUCGACGACCCCAGCGGGCAGUACGCGAUCUCCGACAUUCACCCAGGCAGGAACAUGGGGCGUGGCGAGGCUGGGCCAUUGGCGAAGACAGAGUUGGGAAAGCUGCGAGAUCAGCUCGCCCAGGUCCAGCAGAAGCAGCAGCAGUGCCUGACCCUGAUCCAGCAAUUACAAAACAACCAACACGAGAUUGUGCAAAGAGCACAAAAGUUUGAAGAAAUGCACCAUCGCCAUGAGAACUCCAUCACCGCCAUCUUGAACUUCUUGGCCAACGUCUUUAGAAAGUCAUUGGAAGAAAACGGUGGCGCCCAGAAUAUCUCAGAUAUGUUGGCAAGCAUUCUACCCCAGCACGGCCCCAACCAUGCCAUGCCGACAGGCAGUGUGCAAGACUUGAGCGACUAUCUGCAGCAUCACAAUGCCACCAGAGGCCGAGCGAGUCCCAGCCCAACUCUUCCAAAGCGUCCACAGCACCUCCUGCCCGGUAUUCCUGCCGACCCAAGCGCUGCCGCCCCUGCUGACAGCGCACUCGGUUUGCCUACGAGUCCGGUGCCCUAUUCUGCGUCUCCUCACCAGGCGCCCCGAGUCACCGAGGUCUUCGAUACCUCUCCUUCUGACACGACCUCUCCCAAUCACAUCCGGAAUGAGCUCCAGUCCAAUCCCGAGGAGACCAUGUUGAAAAUUAUGGGUGAAACUAAUGCUCGGAUGACCCCAGGCGUUGAUCUGCCUGAAGCUGUUGCUACAACGUCCGCGAGGAUGCCAUCUGGCCAACGUAACAAAAUGGUGAGCAGCAUGUCGCGCAGGACUGCCACACCAUCAAACAAUCGACCAGUUUCCCCCUUUCGACCCCCUUCCAUGUCAAAUCCGACCCCAAUUCCUCCUCCGUCCUCCACCAUUCCAAACUCGACACCAGCCCAGCCUAUCACAUCACUGUCGCCCGUGUUCAACGCCGCCAAACCCCCAUCGGCCCAAGAGAUCUCGCGGCAACAGAAUGGUAUCAGCCAGGUGGAAGCUUUGCAGCGCAACAUCGGCCAGGAUAUCAGCAGCCUAGCCCAGCUUGCUGCCCCCUUGUCUCCCAAUGGUGCCAUCAUGGGCCUCGAUGGCUUUCCAAAUGGCGGCUCGGAUUACUUCGGCGACUCCAACAACAACUUUGACUUCAAUCAGUAUCUCGAUCCUACGGCGAUGGACAGCGGCUACAACUUUGAUUUCAAUGACCUGAACCAUGCGGGCAACUAUGGCGCAACGGACGGGACCGACUUCGACUUCAGCCUCCCCAACGCCAACGCAGACUACCCACAAAGCACCGCAGCUCCGCUCAACAACGGCCUGAGCGUCCCCGGCGAUGCCGCAGCUGCAGACACGCCGAGUCCUGCUGGCACCGAGGAGAUCCAGCGAUCAGACCUGGAUGGCGUAGAACAGCCGUCUACGAAGCGUAGGCGACAAGCUUGA